CCCGCUCGGUGUGUGCCUACGGAUAGUACGGAAUAGAGCAGACAGGAGGAAACGGGAGGGACUUUUAUUCCCUUGUGGUCACGACCCUUCCGAUACCGCCCGGACAAGGCAACGUCAAGAGAGACUCAGCUUCAGCACGUGGAGGACAGACAGGAUCAACCUCAUUCAGGUGUGGUGUCUAUUUAGCAGGAGGGGCGUAGACGGGGGUCACAGCACCGAGGAUGGCGGAUCCAGGGAAGAGGAUGCCGUGGGGCAUGAAGAUCGGCGGGCUCAAGCCGGGGGCGAAGGAGACCAUCACGGACAAGAAGCUCAAGGCCUUCGUCGUCGGCAAGCAGAAGAAGAGCAGGUUGCAAAAGGAGAGAGAGGUAAAGGAGGAGAAGAAGAAGGAGGCGGACGUAGAAGCAGCCAAGAUCUACGAGCAGUUCGUGCAGUCUUUCGACGGCGGGGGGCCCGACGACGGGAAGACUUUUCUCAGAGGGGGCGUCGCUGGAGGCAGGGGGGGGGGGGG